CAGCCUACCAGCAGAGAAGAGAAGGGUGGCAUGGCUCCGGAAGACAAGGAAAGAGAGAAGGGCCCAGCCAAGCGUGCCCUCCGCAAGGUACGCACAGCCACCCUGGUGAUCAACUUGGCCCGAGGUUGGCAGCAGUGGGCAAAUGAGAACAGCACCAGGCAGGCCCAAGAGCCCACAGGCUGGCAGCCGGGAGGAGCCCAGGAUGCACCCCAAGCUCCUAAGCCAGUGAUCUACCCCACUCUCCACCAGAAAGCUCCGAGCACCCCAAAGUCUUCCUCCCAAAAGUCAGAGGGACAUGGAGAUGGACAAAGCUCAGAGGAAGCCACAGACGUCUCUCAUAUCAAAAGGAAAGAGGUGACCAAAACAAUUGUCAGCAAAGCUUACGAGAGAGGAGGGGAUGUGAGCCAUCUGAGCCACCGAUAUGAGGACAGUGACAUGCCUGGAGCCGGGCAGCCAGAAAAUGACAUUGACAGAAUCCUCCACAGCCACGGCUCCCCGACGCGGAGGAGGAGAUGUGCCAACCUGGUAUCUGAGCUGACGAAAGGCUGGCAAGAGAUGGAACAGGAUGAGCCGAAGUGGAGGAGUGACAGCAUCGACACAGAGGACAGUGGCUACGGAGGGGAGACCGAGGAGAGCCCCGAGCAGGAUGGAGAGCAGGUGGCCGCCACCAGAAUCAAACGCCCCUUGCCUUCCCAGGCAAAUAGAUUUACAGAGAAACUCAGCUGCAAGGCCCAACGGAAAUACAGCCAAGUGAACAACCUGAAAGGGAGAUGGCAACAAUGGGCUGAUGAACACAUCCAAUCCCAGAAGCUCAAUCCUUUCAGUGAAGAAUUCGAUUAUCAGCUGGCCAUGUCCACCCGCCUACACAAAGGAGAUGAAGGCUACGGCCGUCCCAAGGAGGGAACCAAAACGGCGGAAAGGGCCAAGCGAGCUGAGGAGCACAUCUACAGAGAGAUCAUGGACAUGUGCUUCAUCAUCCGCACAAUGGCCCGCCACAGAGGAGAUGGCAAGAUCCAGGUUACUUUUGGAGAUCUCUUUGACAGAUAUGUUCGUAUUUCAGAUAAAGUAGUGGGAAUUCUCAUGCGUGCCAGGAAGCAUGGGCUGGUUGACUUCGAAGGAGAGAUGUUAUGGCAAGGCCAAGAUGACCAUGUUGUGAUUACUCUACUCCAGUGAACCUUCAACAACAAAAGCCAGACUUGACCCACUGUUGUCUUAACACCAACAGCUAAUACAGUAAAAAUUAAAAUGCAAACUGCUCUGUAAUAAGUUAGUAAGUAUUAAACAAUUUUUACAUUAAUGACUUUUUGGUACUCUAUUUCUGAGGAAGUUUGAAGAUUUUGAGGAAGCACACAGCAUAUCAGAAGGCACGUAGAGUGUUAUUAGUAUACAAUAGCAUAAAUAUUUAAAAUUCUACUUACCCUUCAGGCAAAAAUAUUUGGCUAUGGAUUGCAGAAAUUAUUACAGAUAUUUCAAUAAACAAUUACUACAUCUAAGAAAAAUGCUGAUUUUAGGUAAACAUGAGCAGAACAUAUUAAGAUGUGUCAUUUUGGGGUAAAGAAUUCCGUUAAGUUUGGCAAAACUAAAAAUUUUCUAAGAAGCUUGACUUUGUAUUAUUAUUUCUAUCAAAGCAUCACUUAUAAAAUAAACACAUAAGUAAAAAGUAUCCAAAUAAGAUGUGGAAAUUGAUGAAAUUUCUCUGUGAGCUUGGAAUUUAAAAUAUUUCCAACGGGUGUUAGUUGUCCUUUCUAGUAUGAUUUGCACAAACCACAUAAAAACAAACAUCGCUGGUGUUCAGAAAACUAGAGAGGCGGUAUGUUUACCUUCACUGUGGAAGUAAUACACAGGUGAGAGAUUCAAAAUUAUCUGUCUUUGUAGGACUUCUUGGAGAAGUUUAUUUUUUCUCGAAAACUUAAUGCAUCAUGCUGCUUACAUUUAUGUCAAUAUACAAUGAAGUAGGAAUACAGAAAAUUCUACAAUGAAGUGGAAUAUUCAGUGCAGAGGAAUCCGAUAGAAGCAUUGGUAAAUUAGGAAGAGAUUUGAGCCAUUUUAAUUUUCUUGAUGCUCUAACAAAUAUUAUGAAAUAUCUGAAAGUCCUAAAAUGGCACUACCAGUUUUGUCAAAGUGAAAAAAGCUGUUAAAUAUGAUGACAGAGAAGUUUAGUGGGCCUUAAUCUGUUACUCGUUAUUUUUUCUCAGAUUUAAUGUGUCUUACAAAAUUCUAAAAACAAACUGAAUAAGAUGUGAGGUUACAGUUCUUACUGAAUUCACUGAAAGUUGGUAAAUAUUAUAGUACUUUUGUGUUAAAUACAGAAAUUAAUGACAAAUUAUAAUACCUCAAGACAAUAGACACUCAUAAUUGUUAGAUGUUUAGGUUUAACAUAAGGUAUGGAUUAAACUACUUAUAGGAAUUAUCUUUGUUUUCAUGUAUGAUUCUCUUUCAAACUGAAAGUUCCAAUAUCUUCUUAAAGAAGAAUGUACAUUUUUGUUUCCCUAAUAGAUUUGUUAGAUUACAAAUUAAUGACCAAUAUUUCUAAAUAGAAUUUCAUAAGAUGUACACUUCUAUUACAGUGAAAUCCAUGUCAACAUUUAAAGUC